AUGAUCCAGGAACUCUACUGGAAGCCAAUGCAGCUGCGCAGCACUGGGUUGAAUGUGCUCGAGAGGUACUGCCACGGGUCCAACCUUGCUGGUGUUGCAAAUGAGGUCCCCAAUAUCCCUUGCAGGCAACUAGUUUCCCUUGGAGGCUUCUUUGAAAACGAAAGAAUGGAUAGUGGUUUGGCAAAUUCAUACGUGACAUUCCCAGGGAAAUCUUUCUACGGUGCCUGGACUGCUGAUGUGACUUUUUCCUUGCUGUCAACCGCCAAGCAGCAGUGUUCCAGUCUGGGCAGAGCCUGCAACAUUGUGGUCAGCUUACGCAUGACUGGCCAUCUUUCCUUGAUGUCACCACUUGCAGAUGUGGAGCUACCAUCAUUCAAGGAGAAGCUGCUCAUUUCCCUCCAGGAUGCUCCUUCACCACAGAGGCGUGCAUCCCUGCAGGAAGCUAAAGACGCCUGCUACUUGCAGAAGGAGCGCUGCACUGGGGUGCUGAGCUUGCAUGGUGCCUACUACUUGGUGGCAGGGACAGUGCUGGUUGACUCCCCUGGCUCAGGUGCCAUCCUCUAUGUAAAGUCAGCCUGCUCUGCUGGCUUCUGUGGAGACAAAUGCCAGAAACGUUGCCCUCCUAUUUGCUUGAGCGGACGGACCCAUAACCCCUUGACAGGUCAAUGUGACGGCCUUCUGAGUUGCACACGUCAGUUCAGCCCCUCUUGUCUUCAUGGCCUGGUGAACUCAAGAUGUCCUCACAAUCCUGGCUGGUGGUUCUGGGAUGGACACUGCUAUUAUGUGGAAGAACACAGUAGCGAAAGCUGGCAGGGGGCCAAAGCAGCUUGUGACGCACAUGGCAAGCAUGUGGGCUUGCUGACUCUCACCAGUGCCAAGGAAAAGGGCUGGAUAAUGAACAUGGUGCAGAAGGAGAGCUGGAUAGGGCUGAAUGAUGCGGACAAAGAUGGGACAUGGACAUGGGCCGAGGGCCAGGAUGCUGAUUUAUCUCCUUCCUGGCUGACUGAUGUGCAGCUUAUUUCUGGUGGCUGUCUUGGAAUUGGGCCGCAGGGGGAGCAAAAUUUGGCUGUGUCCUCUUGCUCAGAACUGAAGCCGUGGAUCUGCAAAGCAGCUGUGGCACCCCAGAGUUCCUGUCCUACAGAGCCUGGAUGGAGAUCCUGGAAUGACAGUUGCUAUUUCUGGGAUUCUUCCUUGGUCAGUGGGUGGCAUGAGGCACUACAAGUCUGUCAGAGGUUCCGAAAGACAGAACUGCUGUACCUGACCUCACUUCAGGAGAAGGAAUGGAUCAGUUCAAACUUUGAGGGAUCUUUCUGGACGGGCUUGAAUGAUCUGAAGGAUGAAUCUGUCUUUCGAUGGACAACGCAGGAACCCCUUAACCAACCACUGGCAAUGUACUUGCAUGAUGACAUGGCAGAUGGUGGCCUGAAGGAUUGUGUGUGGUUUGACACAGGGACCGGAUUUCUAAUUGAUGCCAGUUGCAAGGAGAAAAAACCUUUCCUCUGCAAAUGUAGUGAAACCACAGACUGGUUUGAUAAGCAGUCUGGCCGUGGAGCGGCAGGUGACCUGGAUUUACUGUACCCAUCCAUGGAGAACCUGGAACAGGCAAAACAGGAGUGCCUGCUGGAACGCAGCGUGUGUGUUGCUGUCCUCCAGACAGACAAAGGAUUCUAUUUGAUCAGCUCGAUGGAGGAUAUUAUCUCCAAACCAGGCUCAACUCUCUACACCUUGUCCAUUUGUGCAAAAGGCUUUAGUGGCCCACACUGCCAGAAGGCUUUAAUGCAUCCCCAACGUCCAGCUUGCGAUUGCAGUGGCAGAUUCCAGACAACAGCCAAAGAAGUUUGUGGCAUCCUAGUACAGAGCUGUGUGGAUGACUGCCGCCGUAUGACAACCUGGAAAAAUUGCUCGCUCUGUUUGCCUGCCUGCACAGAGGCCAGCCUGAAGAAUCUGGACCCCGAGGAACUUGCUCUCAUAACAAUGAUUCAGUUCAGAGCGUCGCAGUCGCUCAACCUCACCACAGAAGAUGAAAGGGACAGAGAAAACUCAUCCAACAUCAUCUAUGACCCCAGAUACCCAUGACAGUCCUCCUUCUGUGAAAGAAACUGAGUGAAA